AUGGAUUCCUACGAUGGUUAUGGAUCUCCCGGAAGGAACCGUGAAUCGGAUUCCUUUACGGGAAGAGCCACAGGGGAAUCAUACAGACGUCGGUCGCCCGCCUCUCAAGAUCGACGACGUGCACGACCGCGCUCCCGCUCGCCCGUGAUUGACCGGUACGAGCCUUCGGAGCGUCGUUCUCACCGCGAGGACUUUUACAACAAUUCUCGGGAGCAUGCUGCCCGAGAGCGCGAGGAUCGCCGACGUGCCCCCUCGCCAACUGUGGCAAACAUCGAUCGCUAUGUGCCGGGACAAGACAGCGGUGGCGGUAGCAGUCGUCCUAUCCACACCAACCCUAUGCCCAAUCCUCUUACACUCGAUUUCCAAGUCGGAUUCAAUUGGUUCGCCGAGUGGUGGAGAUUGGAGGAAUCUGUGAAUGAGGAGAAAGAGCGCGCCAAGAACGGCGGCCGUCGAGUAAAGGGAGAGCGCGAGGCGCGCGAAGAUCGCGACAAGGAACGCGCGCAAAUCCAGGCAGCUUAUGAUACAUACAAGGUCGAUCUACAAAUUCGACUGGCUAGGUUGUUCGUCCAGCAGCACCGGAACGAGGAAUGGUUCAAAGAACGCUAUGUUCCCGAAGUCAGAGAUCCUCUUCGCGCUCGCCUCAUGACGGUUCGACAAGGCGCAUAUGAACAGUGGGAGCGUGAUAUGGAAAGUGACCUUUUCAAAGACUUUACCCUUGAAGGCAUAUACAAGAGCGAUAGCGACGGUGCCGGUGGUGUGGUUGAAAAGGAGGAAGGUGAGACUACGGCUACCGCUGAGACCAUGGGGGUGCUGGACCUACUUCCAGUCCGUGGCGGAGACCUUCGUGACGAAGCUCUAGGCCAGCCUGCGCUCCUUAUUAAAACACUUGCACCAAACGUCAGCCGCAGCAAGAUCGAGGAGUUUUGCAAGGAGCAUCUCGGCGAGGAAGAUGGAGGUUUCAAGGGGCUCAGUCUCAGUGACCCCAACCCCUCCAAGAAGUUCCAUCGUAUGGGAUGGAUCAUGCUGCAUCCUUCCGCAAACACCAGCACGGUGGAGCGUGGAGAUGGACGUGAGGAAGAGUUCGAAAAUAUGGACCAUGAUGGUACCAACGGUGGUGUCGCAACUAGCCCGGCUGAGAAGGCUCUCGAGGCUGUUAAUGACAAAACCAUCCAUGAUUCGGUUCACGGUGACUUUGUUUGCCACGUGGGAAUCCAUGUUCCCCCAGCUCAGCCGCGCAAGAAGGCUCUCUGGGAUUUGUUCUCCGCGCCUGAGAGAAUUGACCGUGAUCUCGAGCUGGCCAAACGUUUAACUGCCAAGUUGGACUCCGAGAUGAACAUCAGUGUGGAUGGUUUCACUAAAAUCGAAGAGUACGUCGACGACAUGCGCGGUAAGGGUGAACUCCAGCCCCCUCCUACUGGACCAGUUAGUGCCAAGAAGCAGAGAAACGGAUACAGUGAUGAAGGAGAUGAAGGGGAGAUUGAGGAAGGCGAAGAGAAGGAAGUCCCAGACGAGGAAGAAGUGGACGAUGAGGAGCUUGCAGUCAAGAAGAAGAAGUUGGACUUGGUUGUUGAAUACCUGCGCCGGGUCUACAACUUCUGUUUCUUCUGUGUCUUUGAAAGUGACUCGGUCCAUGAGCUUGGUCGUAAGUGUCCUGGGGGACACCUUCGCCGUCCACGUACCGGACUUUCCACUCAGGCCAAGGAAGUGGCUCGAGCCAGUGCUCUUGGCCAGCCGUUCCCGGCCAAGAAGAAGGAACCUAGCGAGGAAGGAGAAGACCUCUCGUCGCCUGUCCAGGAGAAGCGCGGACAGCGCCAUGGUUCCAAGUCUGAACAGCAACUGCAGCGUGCCUUUAACUGGGUGAAAACCUUUGAAGACAAAUUGCUGCAGAUCCUGGAGCCAGAGAAUGUCGAUCUCAGCAAGCUCGGCGGCAAGCCUGUUGAUCAGGCGCUUGAGGAUGAGCUUCUGAAGUACAUGAAGCAGGAGGACGACUCCAAGUACCGGUGCAAGGCGCCUGAAUGUACCAAGCUUUUCAAGGCCGAAGCCUUCUGGCGCAAGCAUGUUGAGAAGCGCCACGCAGAGUGGUUUGAAGGCAUUAAGAAAGAUCUCGCAUUAGUGAAUGCCUAUGUCUUGGACCCAGCUCGCAUUGCCCCAUCCCGAUCCGAUGCCAACAGCAACGGCCACUUCCCACUUGGUGGACAAGGCCACACCGGCACUCCUCGUGGAUUCAGCCUUGCCAGCCUGCCCUACGCCCCCAAUGGCAACAUGCCCACCUUCCCUCCAGGUGCCAUGCCCGGCAUGAUGGGUUCACACGCAGGCGGCUGGAAUGCAAACGCAAUGGGACACGACGGCGGUCUGCACCAGCCUGGACCCAUGCGCCGCGGCCAGAACCGAAACAACCGGCCCGGCCCGUAUGACCGUCGCCGAUUCAACGGCAACGGCCGACUGAGUCCUCCCCGCGGCAUGCCCGGCAUGUAUGGUGGUGGUCGUCUCCCGCCUCCUGGUGUUAGUGUUCCCGCUGGCCACCCCGCAGCCAACAUGGCCGCCGGCAACCCCUUCCCAGACUCCAUGGGUUCCAACGGAGGUCCCAUGGCGCCGCGCGAAGCCGUCCAGGGCCGUAGCCUGAAGAGCUACGAGGAUCUGGAUGCAGUCGACGCAUCUGGCAGCGGUGAACUGCAGUACUAG